UUCCUUUUUCCUUUUUCCUUUUUCCCUUUUUGAUUAUGAUUAUGAUUAUGAUUUCCUUAUCUCUCUCUUUUUUACAUACAUACCUGUAACUAGUUAAUCCAAAUGUCGCCGUUUGGGUGUUGCGCUUUUACUUACGCUGUAACUGCUCGCCAUUCGACAAGUUAGAUGCACUGAGAAACAGGUUAUGGUUAUGGUUAUUGAUUAUAAUUAUAAUUAACAACCGAGCUGGCGUCAUCUCCUGGCGAUCUCCUGGCGGGAGCGGGAGGGAGUAGUAUCUGUGCCUGUAUCUGUGCCUGUAUCUGUACCUGUACCUGCAUCUGAACCUGAACCUGAACCUGCAAUCUGUACUGUACAUACAUCUGUAACAUCUGAACAUCCGUUCCGUACCUGGCAGAGAUAUCAGGAUGGGGAGGGGAGGGAAUGAUUAGAGGAAUACUGUCGUAACUGAGUAUGACAUUUCCUGCUUGUGUCUUCUAAGAUACGAUAAUAAUAAUGUGAUCUGGACUGUAUUCUGUAUUCUGUAUUCUGCUCUUCUGUAUUCUGUGUUCUGCUCUUCUCAUCGUCACUCAUUCCCACCCUUUUUCUCACCAUCGCCAACUUCAUCUUCUUCAACGUUGCUCAUUGCCGCUGGUAGACGCGUGUCCCCUUUUCGUUUCUUUCUUUCUUUCUUUCUGUCUUUUUUCUUUUUUCUAUAUGUUUUCCCCUUUUCUUUUUUUCCCUUCCCCUUCUUUUGACUGUCCUUCUUGAUCAGUUUCACUGUGUGACUUUCCAGUCACUUCCUUCUCCUUUUCCCAGCUUUCUUUUCUCUUUCUCUCCUUUCUCUCCUCAGUAGCAACAUUCCCCCAACGCAUCGUAACUCUCUGGGAAUUAGGGACCCUGCUAUACAGAGUAUACAGAGUAUACAGAGUAUACAGAGUAUACCCUUUCUACUCCUUCUGCUCCAAUGUGCGAAGACGCCGAUUACAGAUCGGGCUGCGCAUCGUGAAGACCCUCACCACGCACCUCUCAUAGAGGACAAAUAAAAGGGAAACAUAAGAGGACAGGCAGCGCCGUCUUUUUCACAAUCACACUCCAAUGCCUCCCGUCAGGCUAAAGGCGUUGACUCCCAUCAUCGCCAUCGUGGUCAUCACCCUCUUCUUCUGGGCUGUCGACCACUACGACCGCGCUGCCCUGACCCGCUUCACACACCCUCUCGACAGACUCUCUCCGCCGUCGUCGCAGCCGCCAAAGGACCACAAUGCCCGGCCCCCUCCCCAGGCAGACAUCCAAAAACCAAAGACUCCGGACCAGCUGUGUGCCUCCGGGAAUCACCCUCUGCACCGUUCUCCUCCACUCCCUCCCUUGUCCUUCCCUGAGUGGCUGAUGGGUAAGAACUACACCCGCACAUACCUACGCCCGCACCAUCUGCCGCCCGACACAAAGUUCAAGUCCAUGGAGACCAUCGGCCAGCAAGUUUUGCAGCCCUUCCGCCCCCUGGGUCGUGGAAUGAGAGCCCCCGUCAUGGAUCCCCACGACCCCUGGCCCUGUCCCAACAUCAUCGACGUGGAUGUCGCGGCCGACUACGACGUCGAGGAAACGAGCAAUAUCCUCUUUGGCCUGGCAACCACCGUCGACCGCCUGCACCGUCUCUUGCCUGCCCUGCUCUACUCCUAUGGCAGCACAAAGGCUAGCCUGCUUGUUCUCGUCCCCGGCGAUACGCAGAAGAUUGAGGAAAACGAGGCCUAUUUCAGAAAUGCGGGUUUGGAUAUCACCUUGAAGAAGUUCCCGUUGGCUUUCACCGCCCGAUACUUUGGCCUCGUAGAAGGCUUUCACCGAUUUCAUAAAAUCCCACCGCCCAAAUACCACCUGGGUCAGCUUUCGUCGACGACGACACUUACUUCCUCUCCCUAGCGACAGUCGCCAAACAGCUCUCCACCUUUGACACUUCGCAACGAGUAUACAUCGGCACCCUCUCGAAGCCAGCUGG